CAAAAUGCAGUGGAAAAGAACGACAGUCUCAGAUUUGCGCACAAACCGGAGAAUCAGGUCCACGGCCAUUGUUGUGUUGAUAACACUUUUUGUGCUCCUUUUCAUUCUCUCCAGCGACUCUCCCGCUGGCCUGAGUGAUGCUCCAGCGCACUUGAACAGUAAAUUGUCCCCGAAACAGACUAUUCCACCAAACACGUAUGCAUAUGCGGCGUAUGCUGUCUAUGACCAGCAUGUGUGUGCCGCUCUCGCCUUGUUCCAAACUAUCCGCGAAACGAACCCACACCCAAACAUAGACUUUAUUGUCAUAUACACUGAGAAAGUCACCAAAAAGUCGAUCGAGCUGAUGCAAGCGGCGGGCGCAAAGUCGCGUCUUGUGGAGAUGAUAGAGACACAGAAUCUGAACAGAAAGUCCCCGAACGGGCAAGGACAUGUGUGGGACCAUCGCGAGAGCAUGACAAAGCUUCGAGUUUUUGAAAUUUAUGAUUACAAGCGCAUUAUUUACCUGGACUCUGAUGCAAUAGUUGUUCGCAACAUGGACCAUCUCUUCUUCCUUCCCGACUUUCCGCUCUACAUGCCCCGCGCAUAUUGGUUGAGCGACAAGCAGUAUACAUCCAUAAUGUUGGUCAUCCAACCAAAUCCGUACAUGUUUCCAAAGAUUAAAGAAGUUGCCGAAAAGAUGGAGGCUGACGGCAUUGCAACUUAUGAUAUGGACGUGCUCAACAUCGCCUUUGCUAAUCAGGCCGGAAUGCUUCCGGGGUCUGUGGAACUUCUCACGCAAGACUUGGGAAACCCAACCUCCAAAUCGCGAUGGUUUCCAUGGUGGACUAUUGAUGAAACUGUUGCUCAGACCUAUGCUAUCCACUUUUCGGCCGGUCCCCUCGGCAAUCUUAAACCGUGGGCCGGAAACAGGAAGACCAUUAAAUGGCCCGAAGGACAGCAUACAAUGUACCGAGGAGCAUUUGACCGCUGGUGGGACGUGGCCGAGAAAGUUUGCUCCCGAGACCUUGCGCGCCUUGGAACUGAGUGAGAUACUUGGAACCAUAUAAAUAUGUGUAAGGAGGUUAGGUACUUGUAAAAAGCAGACGGAGAGCCCCUUGGAAAUCUCUCCUGCGCUUAUGUAAAUUUUAUGUUCCAUAAAAAUGCGCAUUAUCCGUGAAAAAGGGAGCCAUAACAGUG